AUGUCCGGUUCCGCGACCAGUAUGCACUCCCAGCCUGGUCUGGUAUCUCGUGCAGACCCCGACCUCUUUCGCAGGUUCGGGUUUGGGGCCAAAUCGGCGGUUCCGUUUCCAACCGUUCAUCACGCAUUUAUUCACCAUGCAACGCGCAGUCCCGAGGAGAUUGCCCUGCUCGAUCUCCGUGGUGGCCAGCGACGAAAAGUCACGUAUGGGGAGCUGCUCCGGCAGGCGCAAUGCAUCGCCACUCUGUUGAACCAGAAUGAAGUGAAGCCUGGAAGUCGAGUAUUGCUGCUCGCGAAGAGAAGCCCAGAAAUGGUCGCUGGGAUCCUGGGCAUUCUUAUGGCUGGCGCGCAGUACGUCCCCAUGGAUGGCUGCGUGGUCCCCGAUGAGACCUUGCAACAUGCAGUUGGUCAGUGCAACAUUACGGUUGCGCUCUGCCUGCGGGAAUUCGAGUCACGGCUGCGAGACAUACAUCUCGUGUCGUCCGUCCUUGUUCUUGAGGAUAUUCUUUCCUGUGACAGGUACAUAAAUGCCGAGCUCAGCCCUAACGAGACCAUCUGUGAAGGAGACGGAGAUUCCGGAUGCUAUGUGAUAUACACGUCGGGAACAACCGGCGAGCCUAAAGGAGUAGAUGUUACGCAUCGAAAUGUCACAAAUAUUCUCUGCCAGUCUCCCGGCAACCUCGGCAUGGCGUCAGGUAGAAAGGUCGGGCAGGUCCUGUCCAUUAGUUUUGACAUGGGCGCCUGGGAGAUCCUCGGCAGCAUGGCCAACGGGGCAACAUUGGUUCUACGUGGCUCGGACUGGGAGGCGACAUUGAAAGAGAUUGACAUCUUAAUCUGCACCCCGAGUAUCCUCGCCAAGUACGACGCCGCUGAAUACCCAAACAUCAGAUGCGUCGCGACGGCCGGCGAGCCUUGUCCACAGAACAUCGCAGACAGAUGGUCAGGCGCAGGAGUAACAUUCUACAACUGCUGCGGCCCCACCGAGACGACGAUCAUCAACACAAUGCACAACCAUACGGCCGGAACAACUCUCACAAUCGGAAAACCAACGCCGAACAACAACGUCUACAUCCUCGACGGAAGCAUGUCUCCAUGCCAGAUUGGCGACGUCGGUACGAUGUGGGCCGGCGGUGCAUGUGUAACGAGGGGGUAUAUCGGGCAGCCCGAUAGAACUGCUGAAAGAUAUCGGUAUGAUAACUUCGUUGACGAUGGGCAGUCGAUGAUGUACAACACGGGAGACCUUGCCCGAUGGCUCCCAGAUGGCAGUCUCGAGACACUGGGGCGAAAUGACGAGCAGGUUAAAAUCAAGGGAUUCCGGGUUGAACUGGAUGGCGUCAGUGCUUGCUUGGCCGCCUGUCCGGGCGUGCAGCAGGCGACGGCGCUCAUGGUUGGUGGAGACCUCGUGGGCGUGCUGACACCAAAGACGUGCAGUAUCUGGUCGGUCACGGAACAUCUAAAGUCAAAGCUACCUUACUACGCUAUUCCGACUAGGUGGCAUAUCUUGGAUGAGUUUCCCUUGACGGUGAACGGAAAAGUCGACAAGCGCGCUCUGGCCCUCGAGGUCGAUCAUGCAAGCGUGCACAACAAGGCAAUGGAAAAACCAGAGAAACCACAUAUUUUCUCGCGCGAGAAAUCCUCUGCCUCGGACUCCUCGUCAUCAUCGUCUCUACCCAAGGAACCACAUCCCUUGCCCGAAAAGAAGCCAAGCAAGCCAUGGCGCGGCCUCCGACACCGCAUCUUCAUAGUGUACCGCACACUCUUCUCAUCCAUCUGGCUAACAAACAUUGUCGCCCUUAUAUGCUUCUUGGCAGUACCGUCCAUUGAUCGUCGUCACAUAUCGACCAUUGCGUUCGCCAACCUCACAACAGCCAUCUUAGUCAGGCAAGACACGGUGAUCAACAUUCUCUAUACCGUGUGCUGCUCAGUACCAAAGUCAUGGCCGCUCGCUAUCCGCAGACGAUGUGCAAAGAUCUACCACCUCGGCGGAGUGCACUCCGGAGCUGCCACAAUGGCCGUUGCCUGGUAUACAGGCGACAUCUGCUACAAUGUAUACUCCUUCAUCGAGCGAUCGGAUGAACCUUCCAGACCAUCCGUGCUUACCAUCACACUAUCCCUGAUAGCCUUGACUAUAUUCCUCAUCAUGCUUGGAUUCGCGUACCCUACGAUACGGAAGAAGCAUCACAAUACAUUCGAGCGCGUCCAUCGCUUCGCAGGCUGGACUGCGCUAGCAAUCAUCUGGGUGCAGACCAUGUCUUCUAUACGUGAUAAACGUGAACCCGCGGAAUCGUUCACGGAUAGAAUGAUCGCUACACCUAGCUUCUGGAUGCUCAUCCUGAUUACACUGAGUAUCGCGAGCUCCUGGUUCUUCCUACGGACAGUCCCUGUCGACGCAGAGGUUCUCUCCAACCACGCCGUCCGGCUGCAUUUCGACUAUACUGUUCCGGUUAUGGGUACAUUUACACGUUUGUCCGAGAGGCCAUUGAUUGAAUGGCACUCAUUCGCGACUGUGCCUGCACCGACAAUAGAGAAUGGUCGCCCGAAGGGCUAUUCUCUCGUCGUAUCCAGGGCUGGGGACUGGACGGGUGGGAGAAUCAGCAGGCCGCCGAGUAGGAUUUGGGUGAGGGGAAUUCCGACAUGCGGCGUAAUGCGAAUCGCAACCCUCUUCAACCGUGUCGUCCUCGUCGCCACAGGAUCAGGAAUCGGACCACUGCUAGGCCACAUCCAGAUCCCGACAUGCCCCUUCCGACUCGUCUGGUCAACCCCAAAUCCCGUUGAUACCUUCGGACAGGAUAUCGUGGCUGCCGUAUAUAAUGCAGACCCCGAUGCUGUUGUCCACGACACGAAGAAGCAGGGUCGUCCGGACUUGGUGCGGCUUACUUGGGAUGCUGUGCAAAGCUCGGGUGCUGAGGCGGUGAUUAUCAUCUCGAAUGAGAAGUUAACCAAGAAGGUCGUUUAUGGGAUGGAGACGAGGGGUGUGCCGGCGUAUGGGGCUAUUUGGGAUAGUUGA